UAAGCAACACAUGGAGUAAGUGAUUCUAACCAAUCAUUAUUACCAGACUUAUCAGCACGAGUUUUAAGGAACUUUUUCUACUAUAAGAGGCAAUUAAAGGGCCAAGGAUAGGACCAAUGGUCAAAUUUGAAAUUUAGAGGAUUUUUAAUAUAUUUUCCUACUUUGGCCUUUCAAAUUUCGCUGAUAUAGUGUUUGUACUAAAAUCAGGUGAGAUUUAGGACAUAUUAAGAUCCAAAUUUAGAAAUAUAUCAUUUCCUAUAGCUCCUUCAAUCUCUGAAUUUAGGAUUUUGGAGGUAAACUUUCUUUUUAUCAAAAUCAUAGUAUAAGCUAUUAAUACUAUCAUUAUUUUUUGGCUGGUCUUUUAAUCUCAGAUACCAACUUAAAUUAUAAUUGAAUCAUUUUGGGCUCUGAUUUUUCGGAGCAAAUCUAUUCCUCCAUGAAAGAGCAGAAUAAACUCUGAUAGUCGUUUAAACCCCAGUUAUGCCCAAUCUCUAAAUAUACAACUCCCCAAGUGCUAUACUAAUCCCCAAGAACCUAGUUCUCUAUGGCCUAAUUUGCAAUAUUUCUCCAAUGAAUUCCUUCCGAAACUAUAUUAGAAAUUUCUUCUCAUCAACAAGCACACCCUCUAGCCAUGGCAUCAGCCCACUGGUAAUACUCUAGAAUAAUCUAGCCUUCACUGGGACCUCUUGGUACAGGAACCUUCAGAAUCUCACCGAGAUUCUGAAGAGUUCAAGAACAAGUAGUAUAAGUAGUGAAUAAUAAAUUUCCUAGUUUAGCACCCAGAUCUGGGCUUGGAUUUUCUGGGAUUUACUCCUUCAGGAAGGACACUUGUUUAAUAGCGGUGGUGGAUUCGGCAAAUUUUAUUAUGAAGAGGGGACAAAGAGGGCUGAGUGGUCUGGAUAAUUAGCUGGAGUGAAGAUAGGGAUAGCUUUGGAUUCAGAGGGGUUGGUGAGAGGAAUCAUGCUUUGGGGUAGGAGAGUGCGAUGGGUAUGCCUCUAGCAUGGAUUUAUGGGGUGAUUAGUGACUCUGGGAAUAGGAGGAAGCGGUGUUGUAUUAUUUUUAGAUGAGCAAGGGUUUGUUUGCCCCGCCUUGAUCUGUGUAAUUUUUCCGUGUUUUCUUUGUGAUAGGGGAAUUCUUGUUAGGAGAUGACCGAUUUUACAAAUUGCUUAUUUAUUAAUUUUCUGAAAAAUUCAUGAGUAUAAAAUAAAAAGGAUGUUGGUAUUGAAUUUAUGUGAUUUGAAAAUUGGAUUCUAAAGACUAUUUGGCUAAAAUUUUGAGCAAAAAAUCACUAGAGAUAGUUCAUAAUACAACCUAGUGGAAGCUGCUGAGGCAAACUCUUUUGAAAUAAAUAAGAGCUAGUGUCUGCAAGGUAGUGGGCCACGAAAUAGAAUAAACAUUGAUAAAAUUCACAGUAGCCAAACUAAUAAAACGUACCAAAGCAUUAUAAAUCCGCUCAUGCUCCAUCUCAAGCCAAGCCACUGUGGAUGCUGUUAGCCAUAGCUCUUCUUUGCGAUGCAUUGCUCUGCAAGCAUCAAUUCUUAAGUAUUCCAAAAGAAUUGGCCUUUGCUGCUACCAGAUAGUUGGUCUAUGAAUUUCCCAGAGAAUUAGAGUUUUUGGCUCAAUUACAGUGAACUAAUCUUUGGAAUUUAAUAUUCAGUGGUAGAAGCUCGAUAGUGAUUUUUUCUAAUUUUUCAUAUUUUUAUUAUUGACUAAAAGUGAAAGGCCCAACUUUGAUAAAGAGAUGAGGAAUUAUAGGCUGCCAAAGGAUGGAUUAUACGCAAGCUUUUAAGUCACUGUUUUGUAUAUUUAGGAUAGCUUAGUGUUAGAAAGCCAAUAUUUUAAUAGGAACUGUUUAAAACAUCCCUUCUCAAGUCAGAUAUUUUAUGAUUAUAACAUCAAUUCCAAGAUGAAAUUUCCCUAAAAGCAUUCGAAAUCCCGAUCCCCAACCUAUGUCCCAAUAAGCUAAUAAAAACUCUCCUAGCCUAUCAUGCUCCUCUAUUGCCUCAAAAUUCUUUCAAACCCCUCUGAACAAACCCAGAGACUUAUUUCCCUCCCUGUUCUCUAUCAUUCUUCCUCUUAUCACCUAAAAUAGAUCUAUGACCAAGAACAAAGUAACAAGAAACCCAAAACUAAAGAGCUCCAGCGAUGCCAGCAUCAGUUACGGCUGCACAAGAUCAAAAUCCUCAUAUUUAUCCCAAUUUAUAACUAAAAAUGCCCAAAAGUCGAAGGGAGCCAAGCCUGCAAAGAGGAAGAAGGACCCAUUUAAAAGCAUGAAUUACGUCACGCCGACCUCUAAGAUCAACUUUUCCAUCAGUGAUGGCAAGCUAGACCUCAAGCUUGAGAAAAUGAGAGACAAGGUCUUUGCAACCCCUACUAAGGGCAGGCAUCGCAGAAUGAGAUCGACAGUUCAACCCGAGAUGUUUGAAAAUUGUGGGGUUAUAGCAGCUAAAUCUGAAAGCCAGAAUAUAGACGACACGAAGGAAAUAAAGCCGAAAGUGAAGAAAACUAUUAAGAAAACUGUAGCAACCUUCUCACCUAUUUUGGAAGAGGACAAUUAUGAUAAUGUUAUUGUCAAGAAAUGAGAUGAAGACACAAUGGGAGGUGCCAGUGGGCCGAGUUAUGUUGAAGCCAUCAAAUUUGCCUCAGUUUAUAACACUCAAACUGACUGUCAUAGCUCAAAGAUACUUGAUGAUCAGAUGAUCAAGGCUAAAAUGGACAAGAUAAAUGAGUACAGAGAUAGGCUAAGGAAGAAACCACAAAUCUUGAGUAGGAAUAUAAAGAAAGAAGAGAGAUAUAGCAUGAAAAAGACCACCUCCUCUAAGGCUGAAUCUGCCAUAGCAGGAUCCUCUACUCGUGAAUCUCAAAGUUAAACUACAAUUUUCCUAGCAUUUAUGCAAUUUCGCUUAGUAUUGUCA